AUGGUGGGGAUUUGUCGCUGGCUGCUGCUUCUGUCCAUCUCUCUGAGGGUGUGGUCAGUGCCCAUCGACCGAAAGACUAAUGACCAAGAAGCCCCGCCUCCACAGGAGGAGAAAGGAGAAGAAAAUGUGGACACAGGCCUGUACUAUGACCGUUACCUGAGGGAGGUCAUCGAGGUCCUGGAGACGGACCCUCACUUCAGAGAAAAACUACAGACAGCCAACACAGAAGACAUUAAAAAUGGCCGUCUCAGCAAAGAGCUGGAUCUGGUGGGUCAUCAUGUCAGGACUCGACUGGAUGAGCUGAAGAGGCAGGAAGUGUCGCGCCUCAGGAUGCUGCUGAAAGCUAAACUGGACAGCACAAACAUGCAGAGUGUUCAGAUGGAUCAUGUGUCGUUACUGAAGCAGUUCGAGCAUCUGGAUCCACACAAUCAGAACACGUUUGAGGCCAAAGAUCUGGAGCUGCUCAUCGCUGCGGCCACUAAAGACCUGGAGAAUUAUGACGCAGAGCGUCAUGAGGAGUUCAAACGUUACGAGAUGCUGAAGGAGCACGAGAGGAGGGAGUACCUGAAGAGUCUGGACCAGGAGAAGAGAGAGAGGGAGGAGAGGAGGAUUGAGGAGCUCAGAGAGAAACACAGGCAGCAUCCUAAAGUCAAUGCACCAGGCAGUGUUGACCAGCUUAGGGAAGUGUGGGAGGAGACGGACGGUUUGGACCCACAGGAGUUUAACCCAAAAACCUUCUUCAAACUGCACGACACAAAUGGAGACGGUGUGCUGGAUGAACAGGAGCUGGAAGCUCUCUUUACAAAAGAGCUGGAAAAGGUGUACGACCCAAAGAACGAAGAGGAUGAUAUGAUGGAAAUGGAGGAGGAGAGGCUGAGAAUGAGAGAGCAUGUCAUGAAAAACGUUGACCUGAAUCAAGACAGGCUGGUGAGUCUGGAUGAGUUCCUUAGAUCUACAGAGAAGAAGGAGUUCAACAACGCGAAGGAGUGGGAGACGCUGGACGACAAAAAGCCGGUGUACACGGAGGCGGAGCUUCAGAGGUUUGAGGCGGAGCUUCGUGAUAAAGAGGUGGAGCUUAGCAGGAGGGCGGAGACACUGAGACAGGAACAGGAACUUCUCAGAGAGAGAGGCAAAGCACUGGAGGCUCAGAAGAGAGAGUACCAGCAGGCGGUACUGGAGAUGUCUCGGCAGAAGGAGCAGCAGGCAGAGCGCAGACCGCCCCCCUCAGGCCCAAACGGAGAAUUGCAGUUCCCACAAGAGAUUCAGAAACUGGCUCAAGAUGACAAUCCAGUUGGCAAGGUCCCGAUUGAUCAGAACGGAGAAGUCCAGAACAACCUGCCUGCUGAACCGCCACAGAACCUUCCCCAGCACACCUCUUAACAAACUGCCUCGUAGAACACACCCACACCAGCGUCGUACUCCUAAUACAGUUCUUAAAAGGCACAUAAUAGUCCGCCUCGUACAGUGAAACUACACAGACAUCCUCCACACCUGGAAAUACAUGCUACUAAACAUCUUCUCGUACUGGAUUCUACACAACUUUAACAGUUUGGCCUCUAGUCUAGAUCAGUGAUGGACUUGCAUAGCCUAGAUCAUCAAUAUGCACUCGUUGCAUGUUUUUUGAUGUGUUGCUGAAGAAUGUGUGAAAAAAGGCUGUGAAAUUUUUUACAUAUUUAAGCAAUUUGGUGUUUUGUGACUUUUUUUGGUUGUGAAAUUAGUACUUCAAGACUGCACUUUCAAAAGGAAUGUGUUAAAAACAGCACAGUGUGUUAUUUUUUUAUUAUAUCUAUAUAUACGUCCGUUUAUACAACACAUUUUGUGUUGGUCUUAAAGAGGAAUUCCACCAAUUGUUUCAAAAUUUGUGCAUAAUUUAGUGGUUUGGUUCAGAUGGUUCAGAUGUCUUUACAGUGGUGGUGAUAGGAACUAGGGGUCGCCAUGACUACAACACAAAUAUACACAUUUUAUUUACUAUCCAGAACCACCAGUGAACCAACAUGAGUCUUUUGAGCUUCAUAUGGAAUGUUGUUAAAAUGGUAUUACCAUAUGUGUGUGUAUAUGUGUGUGUGUGUGUAUGUGUAUAUAUAUAUAUAUACACACAUACACACACACACAUGUACACAUUCUCAAGACUAUCAGAGCUUUUAGAGGUGGAUGUCUGGUUCCUAUCACUACCACUGUGAACAAUCCUGGCCACUCUGAAUGACUUUACAUCCUAAUCAUAUAAUUAUGCAGGAAUUUUUAAAAAUUUGGCGGAAUUCCCCUUCCAUACAGCAUGUGUUGAAACAGUGAUGAGACAAAAAGUAGUGUGUUGUUAUUAACGCAGUGUUUUGAGUGUGCCGGGUGGUUUCCUUAGUAACGGUAACCUAGGGUUCUUCUGCUGUCUCCUCAGAUACCUCGUCUCGCAUAGUGCCGAAACGCGCCGCGUGCUUUAAACGUUGCACAUUUUACCCUUUAAAAACGUUUAACGCUCACUGUCACAGCGCUGUCACAGUACUGAUGGACACACACACACACACACACACACACACACACACACACACACACACACACACACACACACACACACGCCGCAGAUGGAGCUGGGGUCUUACGGUUCAUUUCUGUGGAUGAUCAUUAAUAUCUUUAAUAAAGUCCUCUGUACAGACA